AUGUUGUACUAUGUUCCUGGAACCAUCCUCCCCGCUCAUCCACCGAGCUCGAUCCGUCCCUCAAUACCCAUCCCAUCCUCCUCUCCAUUCGUCCAAUCCAACCUCCCUCCGCUUCCGCCGUCUUCCUCCUCCACCUCCCAGAAAGUGCCGCCCGUUCCAGCCCCUCCAUCGCUUCUGCCGGCAGUUAACUUCAGCAUCUCGAAAGUUCGAGGACGAUCGGUGGGAGCGGGUUCUCCGCCGAACACGUUGACGGAGCCGGUGUGGGAUACUGUGAAGAAGAAUCUGUCGAUGUCGAUGAUCGUGAGUAAUCUGAAGCUGGUGGUGUUUCCGAAUCCGAAUAGGGAGUUUGUGUUCUGGGAAGGCGCUUAG